GCACCCCUCCCCCCAUUCAACCACUCGCCUCUCUUUUCCAGUGUGUUUACUACACUGCCGAGCAUAAGGGAGACACUCGUCUUCACAUGCACUGAACCCACUGAGAAAAACAGUUUUUAGUUGUAUUUGUAAGAAAACCUCCAAGAGAUCAACAUGCCCAAGAGAAAGGCAGCAGUAACAGACGGAGGCGAGAGGGAUGAGCCUCAGAGGAGAUCAGCUCGGCUAUCAGCGAGACCGAACGCUCCCAAGGUGGAACCAAAGGUUAAGAAGGCAGCAAAGAAAGAAAAGGCUGUGAACGAUAAGAAGGAGGACAAGAAGACCAAGAAGGCGAAGGAGAACGCAGAGGCCGAGGCAAACGAGGAAAACCACUCUGAGAACGGAGACGCCAAGACCAACGAGGAGGAGGCAGCUCCCGAGGAGGCCAAGGAGGAGGCCAAGUCCGAGUAGCACCACUGCCCAAACUUCUCCUUCUCUAAAAGCCCCCCCCCCCUCUCCCAUCCCCUGAACCCCCCCAGCCAGCCAGCCAGCCCCCCCCCAAGUCUCUCACACGGUUUCCCUCCAAGGCGUAUUGUUAACAGAGGAAUAUUUUUAUCAAUGAUUUUAUAAGUAUCCGUACAGAUUUUUAGCACAAAAAGCAAAGCUGAUUAUGGAGCGCCUUGCAGAUUUGCAGUGGUCAUAUCAUGUGUCUGCAAGCAAGAUGAACACACUAAAAUCUUUUUUAAAUGGCAUUUCAUGAUUGUUGAAGGCUUGUUUGGUGUAGAAAGUGCGUCCCUGCCGGAUUGGCUAUGUCGUGAGUUGUGUAUUCCUGUGUUUCUCCUCCCUCUCCCGAUCUCUCCUCACCCUCCCUCUUCUCCCGCCACAGAUUAGACCUUCCUCCCCCUACAGUUCAACCUUUUAUCCAUGUUUUAUUAACGGUUCAGCCAUGUUAAAGUGGGUGAUUAUUUUAGACCUCUAAUGUGCAGUGAGUUCCCUUUUGCUUCUGUCUGUUUUCUUUUUUGUUGUUUUUUUUUUUUCAUUGAAAUUGUGUUUUAAAAAAAAAAAGCGUGUUGAAGCGUGUUGUCCAUAAGAAAGAGGAAGACGAACAUGUGAAACAUUCCGGGAACAGUGAUGGCCUCCGACCUGUCUCCUAGACGACCCUGCGUGCGGAAACAGCUCCUGCUCCAUCCACGCUGUCAUGUCAGCUUUUCUAAAACACUCUGGUUUUUUUAAACGAUCGAAUUUGGAAACCCUCUCUGACAAAAUGCAGGUGUCUGGUCCCUCUCUUAUGUUCUGAAAUUCUCUUAAUAAAAACGAGUCCUGGGAAUUUUCCUCGAUA